GUCGGACCGCGCGGACGUGUCUUCGGCGCUCAGAUUUUGCGCUCGUGUGUGAAAUAAAAUCGUGUAAUGUUCUAAUACUGUGAUUUUCCCGUGUGCGUAAUUUUUUCCGGAACGUCGAUGGAAUACGCUAUACGUGAACUGAUUCAGAGAUGAUUCCGAGAGAGGCUCGCGCAUGGCAGGGUCGCCAUGUAAUGCUGUAACAUGAGUCCCAGCAGCGUCGUAUUGUAUAUCGUUAGCCUGCUCUGGCUUAACUUGACUGAUGCGAAAACAGGUUACUUCUGGCACAUUACAGAUCUUCAUUAUGAUCCGUACCACAACUCCCCCGAGUUUCAUAGAGGGUGCAGACAUAACCGCGCCAAUAACGAACAUAGCCACCACAACAACAGACACCGGGACCACACAUGCGACAGCUCCUGGACCCUGAUACAGAGCGCCGCAGCCUUGAUGGCUGAGAGGCACCCCGACACCUUGGAGUUUGUACUUUGGACUGGGGACAUCCUCUCAUCAUCAAUGGAGCAUGCCAGCGAUAGAGUCAAACUAGAAGCAGUCAGGAACGUCACAGACAUCCUGAGUAGGACCUUUAGCAGUCAGUUCGUGUUCCCAGCGCUGGGCCAUAACGAUCCACCGCCGUCGAGGAAAUUAGUCGACAUGUGGAUGCAGUGGCUGCCAACUGAGGCGUUGCAGACCUUCGAAACUGGUGGCUACUACACAAUAGAGCAAUCGCACAGCAAACUCCGUAUAGUUGUGCUAAACAGUGUCCUCUGGUCCGGAGGGGCGACAACCAGCGACAACCCCCAUCCCCACAGGGGUAGGACCCAGUGGGAGUGGCUAGAGCAUAUCCUUAUUAAGGCUAGGAGGAAAAAAGAAAUGGUAUAUUUAGUGGCCCAUGCCGGCCCAGGAGUAGAAGAACGUCACAAUGCUGGUAGCUCAACAGCCGCAGGAGGAGGGGAGCUGACUCCAGCAGCUAAUGCUAGACUACUGCACGUCAUCAGAGCGUUUAGUGACGUCAUCGCUGGUCAGUUCUACGGGCACAGACAUGCCGAUACGUUCAGACUUAUUUAUAGUGAGGGGCGACCGGUGUCAUGGGCGCUUUUGGCACCAUCUGUGACACCAAGGGGUGCAGGCAGUGUCUCCAAUCCAGGAUUAAGACUUUACAAAUUUGAAUCCAAUACAGGAAAGGUAUUGGAUUAUACUCAGUAUUACUUAGACGUAACAAACACUAGAGGCGAGUUGCACUGGUCGAUAGAAUACAAUCUGACACAAUACUACGGUCUUCGGGAAGUCAGCGCGACUUCUUUGAACGCUCUAGCAGAAAGGAUACGAAACCACCAUGACAGAUCAUCUUUUGCUAAAUACCUAUCAGCUCUUCGAGUAAAACAUUCAACGGACAUCUCAGAUUGCGAUUCAGCGUGUGUCCACGUUCAUUACUGCGCAAUAACUCGCGCAGACUACAGCGACUUUCGUUCUUGCGUUCGCAACCCGGCGUCAGCGCUAGCGUCGCGCGCGCCUCACAACUCUGCCGCCAUUUUCCUUUACGCCAUCUUGAUUUUGAUCUCUUAAUUUGAAAUUAGCCGUUACAAAAUUAUAAUAUGGGCUAUGAAUGUUAUAUUUAUUAGAUAAAUUUAUUAUUAAAUAACGUAACGUUAAAUAAAAACUGUAAAUUAUCCUAUUGAUAAUUGAAAAUACUAAGUUGUGUAUCAUCGUCUAUGUUUGCAUAAAAUUGUAUAUAUGUGAUUUUAAAUCACAUAGGUGAGUAUACGCCACGCCAAGGUAAAUAAAUAGAGCAUAGCUCUGUCUGUGUUGUAAAUUCAUUGAAUUGCAUCCCAAUUCAAUGAAUUUACAACAACAUGAAAGGAAGAAGUUAGAAACAUUUGAGAUGAGCCGUAGUUGAACAUUAAAAAUAUUUAGAUCUAGACAGAAAGAAUAAGACACGAGGUUCUGAAUUAAGAUAAAAUAAGAUCAUUUUCUAAAUAACUGAAUAUAGAAGAUGGUAGCAAUAUAAAAGGGAAAGGGCGUCAUGCCAAACAAUACGGCAUUAUGUCUUUUUAAGAAAUAUCAUAGAAAAUAAGAUACAAAAUGGUGACCAAGAUAAUUUUUAUUAGCUAAUACAAGAUAAGGAAAAAGUAAACCACGUCGUAUCAAAAGAUAAAACAUCUAAAAUUUAUGCUUUUCAUAAACUUCAUCAACAUAUUUAUUUCAAUUCAAAUUGUUUAUUCAUAUUCAAUCUGUAAUGUGAAUUUCAUUGAUUGAAUUUCUCAGAGAAAUCUAAUAACAAGUAGCCUUAACUGAAUCAUAAGAAAAUUAGCUUGGCAUAUUGCAUUGAUUGGAGUGGUCUAGAUUGUGCUUAUGAGGUUAGUGCAAUCUUACAAAACAAAUUACGGGUUCCUAACGUAAUAAAGUGUACCCAAAAUAAUCUGAUUGAGAAAGGCCCACGUCAUUGCUCGGGUCAAACGAGAAAACAUUUUAGUUGGAUAAUUUUCCAUUAAACUGAUUUUACCCAACCGCAAUGAAAGGGUUGUGUUUUCGAGAUCUCUCGACUUUUAAUAUGGUUUGUCACAAAUUUCCUAUACAUUAUUAUUUUCCAAAUGUCUCACUUAAUUAUACUUCUUAACAUUAGCAUUUUAUGUUUACAAUUCUGCUAAAGGCAUUUAAUAUGACGUUUAUCAUAUUCUAUUUAAUUUCUAAUCGACUCUCGCUUUUCUUUGACAUGUGAAUACCUACUCGAAUUUUGAGUCGUGUUUUUAUUUAGCAUUAAAAAUUUCAAUGGUAAUUUAAUAAUUUAAAGCUUUAAACAUAUACUCGUGCACCUCUGUCAAACACCAUCCUAUACAACAAAGUUAUCUACCGCGUCAGUCUGUUUGUUCGCGAUAAACUCAAAAACUACAACGUGGAUUUUCAUGCGGUUUUCACCAAUAGAUAAUGAUUCCUGAGGAAGGUUUAAGGGUAUAGUUUAUUAUGUUUUUACCCGAGCAAAGCCGGGACAGGCCGCUAGUAAAAAAUAAAAAAGCAUAUCAAGAAAUGACUAUACUAAAAAGGUAAAUAUGCCGUGUCUGUCUACAUUUCUACAGAUAUUGAAACAAUUUCCUGAUAGGGAAUAAAUAAAUAAAUAUAUUAGGACAAAUCACACAGAUUGAGCUAGCCCCAAAGUAAGUUCGAGACUUGUUUCAUGGGAUACUAACUCAACUUAACAAUAAUUUUAUAACAAAUACAUAUAUAGAUAAACAUCCAAGACCCGGGCCAAUCAGAAAAAGAUCAUUUUCCAUCAUGACCCGACCGGGGAUCGAACCCGGGACCUCUCGGUCCAGUGGCAAGAACUUUACCACUGCGCCACCGAGGUCGUCGAAAACAUUGUAUACUUGGACCAUGUAUAGUUUUACCUACUUUUCAUGACUAUUAUAACAUAAAGCACUAUUACUAAUAACAUUUUUUGACAGACAUUUCACGGCACCCACCUUUAAUUUUUCGUCACCUUCAUACGCGCAUGAUCCUAAGGAAUUUUAAUCUUUAAUAUAUCGGCUCGGACCGUUUACGAAAUCGCAUUAGAUCCUAUGUCCACAAAUAUAUAUUUUUAUGAAAUAUCUAUUUCCGCAAAGACACAUCUCGUAUUUAUUUAUAGUAUUGGUGAAUAGACAUUUAUAACAACAAUAACCCACAAUAUAUCAUGAGAACGUUUACGAUGAAAGGAGAUAUGGUUCAAAAACUAUUUCUAUUUGAAUGUAAAGUUGGCUAACAUAUUUAUCCUAUUGAAGUUAUUCGUUCUAUAGCCGGUUUUAUGUCGUUUUAUAAAAUGGGUACUUUUUUUCACACAGCAUAAAUUUUGUUAUCAAAUACUGAUGAUAAAACUGUAUUGAUUAAAAAAAAAAACAAUUUCCCCAUCGUUCGAAUCGAUAAUAAUCAAAAAUGAUUAAUUCCUUAGAAACAUUCAAAAAUUGACUAAAUAAUUGAGUUUGGAAAAUCUGUAUCGCUCUUCCGCUCUUUUGAAUUUUGUCAAAAAAUACAUAAAAAUAUAUGAAAAAUACAUAAUAUAAUGUUUAUAAUGUACAAAAUGUGUCAAUUGGACCAUGAAUAUCGCAUGUGUAAAUAUACCUAAUUUCACUAUAAGCCUGGACGUUGACAUAUUAGUACAUUACAAGACAAGGAUAAAAUUGUUGGAUUUUACAUACGAGACGCAUGUAAUGAUCAAUACACGCGUGUAUCAUACGACGCGCGACGCGGUAUGUCAACAGUUUAACACGCUCUAUAUGGAAGCCUAAGUAAGAGCCAUGCCCCACAGAAAUCAACGUGCUAUGUAGUCGCAACGGAGCACCGUUGCGUUCCGUUGUUGUCUAUAAAUUUUGACAAUGACGUGCGUCGAUAUACGUCGAAACUUUUGUCUAUAGCCGGACGUCAAAAUGACGGAGGGCAACGAACCAAUGCAGUGAAUCCUACGAUUUAAAACACUCGUGCUGUAAAAUUUGGAGCAAGGAUGUUGAAAAAAUAAAAAAAUACUUGAUGUUUGAGCAAUGAUACAUAAUGUAUCAUAAUAUUAAGUAAAAAAAAACCACUUUGUGUGCUAUUAAUAUAGGCUAGGCGAUUGAUAUUAAUACUAUGUGAAUAUAUAGAUUAAUUUUAUUAGUAUUUUUGAAGCCAAUUUUAUAUCUAUUUAUUUUAGUGUUUAAACAAAACGUUGUUAUUUUUCAAAAUUAUGUGUACCAUAUAGUCAACAGAAUACGAAGUUACUGCAAGGAUAUCCGUCUCUUUCUCAGAAUGGGAUAUUCGUGUUUACAUUCCAGGCUGUGAGGUAACAAAUGCGCCUAUUUUUGGAGGUAAAAGUUGUGAAUUGACUAUCAAUUUGGGCAAUUUGUACUAGAAUUCUUGAAGAUCGAUAAGAAAAUUACACAACAAAAACAAAUAUAUAACUAUUAAUUAAAUAAAACAUCGCUUAAACACAUCGUUGAAUAAAUAACAACAAAUUAUUACGUGCGUUACUUAUAAAAUAAUACACGUUUAUAUGUGAAUAUUUCAUUUGAAAUCUAUUUUAACGUGUAAUAUAAAAUUGGCUUCAAACAUAGUGUUUAGCGAUUGGUUUCUAUGUAAAUAGAUGCUAUAUAAGGCCAUACUAUUUGGAUGUUAUUAGAACUGUUUGUGAAUCUCGUCGCUACUAUAAUUGUGAUAAUUACAUUUUUGUAUAUAGCGGUAAGCGAACUGAAUAUCAGUAUAAGUAAAUAAAUUGGAACAUUUCA